GUGGAGCAGAGAGCAAGUUCCUCCUCUUUCCUCCCCCGAUUUUAAUAGGUAUAUUUUGCUUUCCUCCCUCGCUGGGAGAGACAGAGAGAAAAAUAGGUGUGGCGUCCUAGAUCUGGGCAUGCACAGGGGCAGCCUAGAAGGCCAACUUCUCCUUGCAGUCUUUUGCAGUGGUUGCUCUGGAAUAAGACACCAUCACACACCUGUCUGAUUUCUGCCUGCGUCUUCACUUGUGCGGCCAGGUUGCCGACUCUCUGGUGCCAGGAUGGCAGACGCUUCCUUGAUUUGCUCUGGGACAGUGAGCAGAGUUAGCUCCGUGCUCAACCGAGAGGUGAAGCAGUUUGGGAAGAAAUAUAUGUUUGAUGGGAACGAGGAGACCUGCUGGAACUCGGACCAGGGCGCCACCCAGUGGUUGACGCUGGAAUUUCCACAGACCGUCCAGGUUUCCCAGAUCCUCAUUCAGUUCCAAGGGGGAUUUGCCAGCCGAAAGUGUACCGUGCAAGGCUGCAGGAAAGGAGAAGAUCUUUCCCAGGUGGCUGAAUUCUAUCCCAAAGACACCAACUCUCUCCAAAUGUUCACCCUCAAGGAAGCACUUUUGGACAAACUGAAGAUCACCUUUGAAAACAGCACGGACUUCUUUGGGCGAGUUAUCGUCUACCAGCUCGACGUUCAUGGAGAGAAGCGUUGACCCCGGAGGACCUGAGAUGAUGAUGGUGAUCUCCAUUUGCAUGCUGUUCCCCCCACAUAAACGGGUCCAAAGCGGCUCGCAAAUGCAGAUCCUACCGGUGCCUUGCAUUCCUUUCCCCCCCAGAGCAGAAUCAUAGAAUAGUAGAGUUGGAAGGGGCCUGUAAGGCCAUCCAGUCCAACCCCCUGCUCAAGGCAGGAAUCCAAAUCAAAGCAUUCCCGACAGAUGGCUGUCCAGCUGCCUCUUGAAGGCCUCCAGUGUCGGACAGCCCACUACCUCUCUAGGUCAUUGGUUCCUAUCACCCCUUUGGUGACAGCUCAAUCACAUCCCAUCAUUUCAAAAGGUGCCUUUCCUUCCCAGUAGCUGGUGACUGGGACCGCCUGUCUCUCUUUUUGACCCAGGAAGGAUGACCUUGUCUGUCUAGCUCUCCCUUUCUUUGGCGUUUGUUAGGCUGCAUGCUCCUUGCGGGCGAGGACCUUGCUGUGCUGCCUGUGCAGCUCUGCCUAUUGCCAUACGCCCUAAUAAAAAGAAAUCCUAAUAUUACACGGAGAAGGAAACGAAUGGCUACUAGCCACAAUGGCCAACUUUUCCUUCCUCUGACGAGAGUUGCUGUUGCGCUCAGGGCCUGCUUGGGGGCCUUUCCCCAUUGAGGCCUUUGCCUGGCCACUGUGAGCCCUUUGGCCUCAUCCAGCAGCCAGGCUCCUCUGGCGUUCCUAACAGCUUGGGCUAUAAGGUUGAUGUGGAGGUAGCCCCACUAUACGCAACGGGUGGGUGCAUCAAAGUACGGCAUCAAGGUGCUCUUGUUUUGGUCAAGUUCAGUCCUGGGAAGAGUGAACAGGAGGCAUCUCGCAGGAACAGAUGAUGGUGCUUUAUCUCAAGAUUCCUGUUCUGCUCGGUCCCUGUAUCAGGAACUAUGGGCUCUCUGGCACGUUUUGUGGUGGGCACCUUCUCAGCUCUGCUACCUCUAUUCAGCACUGGUUAGGCCUCAUCUUGAAUACUGCAUCCAGUUCUGGACUCCGCACUUCAAGAAGGAUGCAGACAAACUGGAACGGGUUCAGAGGAGGGCAACAGGAAUGAUCACGGGACUGGAAACAAAGCCCUGUGAGGAGAGACUGAAAGAACUGGGCCUGUUUAGCCUGGAGAAGAGAAGACUGACGGGAGAUAUGAUAAGAACAUAAGAAGACCCUGCUGGAUUAGGCCAGUGGCCCAUCUAGUCCAGCAUCCUGUUCUCACAGUGGCCAACCAGGUGCCCCAAAGGGAAGCCGGAAGCAGGACCCAAGUGCAAGAACACUCUCCCCUCCUGAGGCUUCCGGCAACUGGUUUUCAGAAGCAUGCUGCCUCUGACUAGGGUGGCAGAGCACAGCCAUCAUGGCUAGUAGCCAUUGAUAGCCCUGUCCUCCAUGAAUUUGUCUAAUCUUCUUUUAAAGCCAUCCAAGCUGGUGGCCAUUACUGCGUCUUGUGGGAGCAAAUUCCAUAGUUUAACUAUGCGCUGAGUAAAGAAGUACUUCCUUUUGUCUGUCCUGAAUCUUCCAACAUUCAGCUUCUUUGAAUGUCCAAGAGUUCUAGUAUUAUGAGGGAGAAGAACUUUUCUCUAUCCACUUUCUCAAUGACAUGCAUAAUUUUAUACACUUCUAUCAUGUCUCCUCUGACCUGCCUUUUCUCUAAACUAAAAAGCCCCAAAUGCUGCAACCUUUCCUCGUAAGGGAGUCGCUCCAUCCCCUUGAUCAUUCUGGUUGCCCUCUUCUGAACCUUUUCCAACUCUAUAAUAUCCUUUUUGAGAUGAGGCGACCAGAACUGUACACAGUAUUCCAAAUGCGGCCGCACCAUAGAUUUAUACAACGGCAUUAUGAUAUCGGCUGUUUUAUUUUCAAUACCUUUCCUAAUUAUCGCUAGCAUGGAAUUUGCCUUUUUCACAGCUGCCACACACUGGGUCAACAUUUUCAUCGUGCUGUCCACUACAACCCCGAGGUCUCUCUCCUGGUCGGUCACCGCCAGUUCAGACCCCAUGAGCGUAUAUGUGAAAUUCAGAUUUUUUGCUCCAGUAUGCAUAAUUUUACACUUGUUUAUAUUGAAUUGCAUUUGCCAUUUUUCUGCCCAUUCACUCAGUUUGGAGAGGUCUUUUUGGAGCUCUUCGCAAUCCCUUUUUGUUUUAACAACUCUGAACAAUUUAGUGUCGUCAGCAAACUUGGCCACUUCACUGCUCACUCCUAAUUCUAGGUCAUUAAUGAACAAGUUGAAAGUACAGGUCCCAAUACCGAUCCUUGAGGGACUCCACUUUCUACAGCCCUCCAUUGGGAGAACUGUCCGUUUAUUCCUACUCUCUGCUUUCUGCUUCUUAACCAAUUCCUUAUGCACAAGAGGACCUCUCCUCUUAUUUCAUGACUGCUAAGCUUCCUCAGAAGUCUUUGGUGAGGUACCUUGUCAAACGCUUUUUGAAAGUCUAAGUACACUAUGUCCACUGGAUCACCUCUAUCUAUAUGCUUGUUGACACUCUCAAAGAAUUCUAAUAGGUUACUGAGACAGGACUUUCCCUUGCAGAAGCCAUGCUGGCUCUGCUUCAGCAAGGCUUGUUCUUCUGUGUGCUUAGUUAAUCUAGCUUUAAUAAUACUUUCUACCAGUUUUCCAGGGACAGAAGUUAAGCUAACUGGCCUGUAAUUUCCGGGGUCCCCUCUGGAUCCCUUUUUGAAGAUUGGCGUUACAUUUGCCACUUUCCAGUCCUCAGGCACGGAGGACCCGAGGGACAAGUUACAUAUUUUGGUUAGCAGAUCAGCAAUUUCACCUUUGAGUUCUUUGAAAACUCUCGGGUGGAUGCCAUCCGGGCCCAGUGAUUUGUCAGUUUUUAUAUUGUCCAUUAAGCCUAGAACUUCCUCUUUCGUUACCACUAUUUGUCUCAGUUCCUCAGAAUCCCUUCCUGCAAAUGUUAGUUCAGGUUCAGGGAUCUGCCCUAUAUCUUCCACUGUGAAGACAGAUGCAAAGAAUUCAUUUAGCUUCUCUGCAAUCUCCUUAUCGUUCUUUAGUACACCUUUGACUCCCUUAUCAUCCAAGGGUCCUCCCUAGAUGGUCUCCUGCUUUGAAUGUAUUUAUAGAAUUUUUUGUUGUUGGUUUUUAUGUUCUUAGCAAUGUGCUCCUCAAAUUAUUUUUUAGCAUCCCUUAUUGUCUUCUUGCAUUUCUUUUGCCAGAGUUUGUGUUCUUUUUUAUUUUCUUCAUUCGGACAAGACUUCCAUUUUCUGAAGGAAGACUUUUUGCCUCUAAGAGCUUCCUUGACUUUGCUCGUUAACCAUGCUGGCAUCUUCUUGGCCCUGGCGGUACCUUUUCUGAUCUGCGGUAUACACUCCAGUUGAGCUUCUAAUAUAGUGUUUUUAAACAACUUCCAAGCAUUUUCGAGUGAUGUGACCCUCUGGACUUUGUUUUUCAGCUUUCUUUUUACCAAUCCCCUCAUUUUUGUGAAGUUACCUCUUUUGAAGUCAAAUGUGACCGUGUUGGAUUUUCUUGGCAAUUGGCCAGUUACAUGUAUGUUUAAUUUAAUAGCACUGUGGUCACUGCUCCCAAUCGGUUCAACGACACUUACAUCUCGCACCAGGUCCCAGUCCCCACUGAGGAUUAAGUCCAGGAUUGCCGUGCCUCUGGUCGGUUCCAUGACCAACUGGUCUAGGGAAUAGUCAUUUAGAAUAUCUAGAAAAUUUGCUUCUUUGUCAUGACUGGAACACAUAUGCGGCCAGUCUAUGUCUGGGUAGUUGAAGUCACCCAUUACUACCACAUUUCCUAGUUUGGAUGCUUCCUCAAUUUCAUAUCUCAUCUCAAGGUCUCCCUGAGUAUUUUGAUCAGGGGGACGAUAGAUCGUUCCCAGUAUUAAGUCCCUCCUGGGGCAGGGUAUCACCACCCACAACGAUCCUGUGGAGGAGUCUGCCUCUUUUGGGGUUUCGAGCUUGCUGGAUUCAAUGCCUUCUUUCACGUAUAGAGCGACUCCGCCACCAAUACGUCCUUCCCUGUCCUUCCGAUAUAGUUUAUAUCCAGGGAUAACCGUAUCCCACUGGUUUUCUCCAUUCCACCAGGUCUUCGUUAUGCUCACUAUAUCAAUGCUUUCCUCUAAGACCAAGCACUCCAGUUCUCCCAUCUUAGUUCGGAGGCUCCUAGCAUUAGCGUACAGACACUUGUAAACAGUGUGUCUCUUCAAGUGUCUUUGGCACUUGUGGUUUGGCCUGUGGUAAUUUUGCUCUUCUGAAUUUAUAUCCUGUGCCCCUGCUCUCACAAUGCCUACCCCUUUUAAAAUUUCAUCAUUUCUUUGGUUUUUAUCCCAGGGGGGAGGUUUUUUCCGAACCGGACCUUCCUCAGCUCCUAAGAUAGCACUCUUCAAGUACAUGAAAGGUUGUCACAUAGAGGAGGGCCGGGAUCUCUUCUCGAUCAUCCCAGAGUACAGGACAUGGAAUAAUGGGCUCAAGUUGCAGGAAGCCAGAUUUCGACUGGACAUCAGGAAAAACUUCCUAACUGUUAGAGCCAUACGACAAUGGAACCAAUGACCUAGAGAGGCAGUGGGCUCUCCGAUACUGGAGGCCUUCAAGAGGCAGCUGGACAGCCAUCUGUCGGGAAUGCUUUGAUUUGGAUUCCUGCAUUGAGCAGGGGGUUGGACUGGAUGGCCUUAUAGGUCCCUUCCAACUCUACUAUUCUAUGAUUCUACCUGGAGGGCUGAGCCCGAGACCUUUUGCAUGCAAAGCGGCUGCUCUGCCGCUGAGCUACAACAGCCCUUUCCACUAAAAAAUAAAGUAAGAUCCCAGUCCUCAUGAAUAGGGCUUAUUUAAACAGGAGCACCGAAAGCUGCCUUAUACCAAGACACAUCAUCAUUCCAUCGAGUAUUGUCUACACAGGCCGGCAGCAGCUCUCCAGCAUUUCAGACAGUGGACAUCCGCCUGCCUUGCCUAGGAAUUGCACAGAGGACCUCCUCCACGCAGGGCAGUUUGUCUUCCACUUAGCCGUGGCGCGUUUCCCACAGGCAACUGGUUGGCCACUAUGAGCACAGGAUGUUGGACUAGAAGGGCCACUGGCCAGAUCCAGCAGGCUCUUUUGUCUAUAGUACAGUCCUCCAAAGGCCUGGUUUAUUGACGGCUGUAUCUUGAAGCACUGUGGGACAGAUUUUCCUCCACCGCCGAAGUUUGGCACCUUGAUUGUGAACAUGGUGACACACCCACAAUAUCGAGACGUGUAUACAUAUACUAAAUUGUAAGACUGGACCAAGAAAAGGAGAAUAUGGGUUCAUUCAAACACAGCUUGGAAAACAAAGUCUACAGACCAGGAGCCUUUGCCUUUAUUAUUUUAUUGUUUAAAAAGCGACUUAUUUUUCAUCAUUUUUUUACAAAAGCUUUCACACCUGCUCGCUUGGAGGGAUUCCCUGUUCGCCCCAGGUGAGCGACUACAACAAGCCGGCAAAGAAAAAGCCGUUUUGGUUUGCUUCCUAGAGACACCACAGUUUCUUUGGAUAUCGGAUGUGCAGUUGGUUUUAAAAAAUAAAAUUACUGUGCAUACAGACUUUUUUGCUCAAAACGGUAAUGGAAACCGACAAAUUUCUCUCUCCCGUCACGCAUCCCAGCUCAGAGGGGUUUGCAAAGUGCGGUGGGAGAAAAAUCUGGUGCUGUUUUGCUUCUGGUUUGGGGCGUGGAUCGCUUCAUGGGCCACCUGGAUUUUUUUUGCCUCUGUCAGCGUCUCCUUUGGUUGCGGUACGUAGCUCACGGGGCUCCCAGGGGGGUUAGUGGUUAUCCCCUCAAUAGCAGGAAGCAGGAUGUUCAGGGAGUCUUGCCAUCAUAAAUGCCCCAUCAUCUCUGUUUAAGAAGCCCUGCUGAAUGCCCGCUGGGUCUCACAUAUCCAGCCGCUCCCCCUCUUUGCAUUUGUACGUGUUGCCCCCUCAACCGGUCAGUUCAAAAGGGUACGUCUUGAUCCAAUCUUCAAAGCAGAGAAAAUUCGGGGUGCGGAAGAGAUAAUCCUUGCCCCCCCCCCUCAGUCUGAUGAAAUAAUCUUUUCACUCUGGUUCCUUGCUCUGCAAUAACUCGAGAAUAUGUUUCUCGAUCACGUGUUGGACUAGGAAAUCAAGAGAGCAAACACGAAUUUUAUUUAUUAAAAAAAUAAUAAUUCAGCUUCUAUGCUAUUGGCGGUGGUGGGGAAGGAGGGGUAAUAAGCUAAUUAUUUGAUCCCUAAAGCUAGUUUUACUUUUAAAACACACAGUAAGGAAGUUUUUCCUGAUGUUCAGCUGAAAUCUGGCUUCCUGUCACUUGAUCCCAUUUUUCAGUGUACACUUCUCGAUCAUCCCAGAGUGCAGGCCACAGCAUAAUGGGCUCAAGUUGCAGGAAGCCAGAUUUUAACUGAACAUCAGGGAAAAUUUCCUAACUUUUAGACUGGUAUGAGAGUGGAACCUCAGGAGGUGGUGGGCUCUCCAACCCUGGAGGCAUUCAAGGGGCAGCUGGACAGCCACCUAUCGGGGAUGCUUUAAUUUAGAUUCCUGCAUUGAGCAGGGGGUUGGACUGGCUGACCUUAGAGGCCCCUUCCAACUCUAUGAUUCUGUGAGUCAUACUCAGAGUAGACCCACUGAAAUUAAUGGACAUGACUAACUUAAGUCCGUUGAUUUCACCAGGUCUGCUCUUAAGGAAAGCUUAGUUGGAUUCAACCUCACACACACGCCAACAUCUCAUGACAGUUCUGAAAGAGGCACAAGUUCGGGCUUUGGGAGGAGAACCCAGAGUAAAUGGGGCAGUGUCAGCCCUACCUCUGACUGGUACCAGACACCCCACAAGAGGAUCGCCUUGAAAGUCCCUCGGGGGGGGGGGGACCCACAGAAAAACCCUUGGAUCUGACAGUGGAGACAGUGGAACCAUCUCUCUGUCCUCGAGACAGCCUGCACCAGAAGAGCUGUCAUAUGGCUUGUGAGUAAAGGGUUUCCUUGGGAGUAAGCAAUCCUGGACAUGCCUUCAGAACCAGCCGCUGGGAUUAGCGUUCAGCCUAGGAAGCAAGAGCGUAUAAGGCCUCCCAGUUGCUGGAAAUGCCACAAGCCUUUGGCAACUUGGCCCCCUAAGUCUAGAUCUCCCCCUUGGCUGGGUUGUAGCUUGCCUGAACUCCCUGCAAUAUUGACCGUGGCCAGCUGCCUGACCUUGCCUCCGGGUCACGUUUUGAAUCUGAACCUGCUUGACUCUGGCCUGUUUGGAGACUGCCGCACCUUCCACCCUGCUCUCGUCGGUGAGUGUUUUUGCUAAGAGGCUUAUACCUCUGGGGACCGGAACCCAAGGCCCUGAGGGCACCCAUAGGACCGUGACAAGGAGCCAGAGAGGGCAAUCCUGGCUUGGCCCACAGCAGUGUCCUUCUGGAAAAAUGGCUGCCCAGUAGCGCUUAGGCAAAGCUCAGCAGCCAGCGUGGAAGGAGGGAGAGGUCAAACUGCCUUCUUUCCAUGCUCAGAGGUAGUCUAGCUCUGAAUUGUCAGAUGCCAGGAAGCAAAGGGGAGGGCUGUUGCCUGUUGAUGGGCUUCUUGUUGCAGCACCUGGCUGACCACGGUUGGAGACUAGGCUACAGGGAAGUUUCAUUUCAUCCACUUUCCUUUUAGAGGAAGGUUUGCCCAUGUGGGACCAGCGGGUGCCCACCUGCUGCUGAAAUGAGGCUCGAAUGAAGCGUUCUUCUAUAGCUGGUAGCAGAGGUUGCGCUGUGUGCUCGCUUGCAGGGAAUACGCAUUUAAGUGCAGUCUGUUUACAGACACAGUUCAAAGUGCUGGUUAUGACCUAUAAAGUCCUAUACGGCUUAGGUCCAGGCUAUUUGUCAGACCGUAUCUCCCUAUAUGAACCUGCCCGGGCUCUGAGAUCUUCAGGAGAGACCCUUCUCAUGAUCCCAACACCUUCACAAGUGCGACUGGUGGGGACACGAGAUAGGGCCUUGUCGGUGGCUACCCCUAGGCUCUGGAACUCCCUCCCUAGGGAGGCAAGAAUGGCCUCCUCUGUGCAGUCCUUCCGCCGACAGCGAAAGACUUUUUUCGUCCGGCAGGCCUUUGGAACUGAAGGCUUUAGGGUAGUGACUGAAGAGGAUGCUGUAUGUUAUUGUUUUACUUUUAUGCUCCUAAACUGGGUUGCAGUAUUUUAAGAGUAUAUAUAAUUGGUUUUAACAUCUUAAUAGUUUAAUCGUGUUUUAAUGCUGAUUUUAUAUGUUUUAUAUUUUCAUAGGUUCUUAAUGAUAUGUACUUAUUUUUUUCUGGAAUCCGCCUUGAGUUCCAGUUUGGAAAAAGGGCUGGGUAUAAAUAAAGAUGAUGAUGAUGAUGAUGAUGAUGAUGAUAAAGUGUGCUCCUCAUGGCAAAGUGUGCCUUCAGGCCCCAAAAAGUUGGCAGCCCGUUUUUAGGUCUGCCAGCAACUACUGCCCACAAUGGAGCCUCCAUGGUUAGAAGCAGUUUACCUCCAAACAGACAAUUUAGUUAGAUCUGCAUUUUAAAACGAACCAACCGUUUCACACAUUGCAAAAAUUUGUACUUUUGGGGGGGGGCACCCCAUAUACAAAAAUGCAUAUUUUAAAGAAAAUUGCAAUGUAAAAUUACACACUUGUGUAGCUUUUGUAAGGAAAAGCCAACAGAAAAUGGGACAUAAUGGACUUAGGAUGAUCAAACACAUUUGGAUCCAAAUGUGAUAACCAGGCAAUGGGGGUAAUUUAGCAGGAAGCAGAAAUAUCCCGCUUGUAGGAUUUCAACAGAAGCGUCUGUCUGGCCCCUGCAGGAAAGCUGGAUUUUAAGAUGGUCCUAAGCCUAGCUGGGCUUUAAGGUCAUCAGAAUUUCUCUGCUGAUCAGGCCAAAGGCUGCCCAGCGGCCCGUUCUCAGUGGCCAACUGGAUACCCCAAAGGGAAGCCCCAAGCAAGAUAUUCUUAGGAAUGCUGUGGUUCUUUAAACAGCCACUAAACACACACAUGUCCACGCUAACCUUUCUUAUGACCCAAAGCGACCGCAAGGUCCAUUGGGGUGUACCCAGAAUCCGCUUCGAUUGUGAGAUCAGCACCCCAGGCUGAAAAGGCAGAGAAGAGAAAUCUUUUUAAGUUAUUAUUAUUUAUUAAAUUUAUAUCCCACCCUUCCCCCUAGGAACAGCCCAGGGCAGCAAACUAACACUCUAAAAGAUCUUAAAAACAGAUUUAAAAACGUCUUUAAAAAAACAUCUUAAAAAAGACCUUUAAAAGCAUCUUAAAAAGCAAGUUGGCUGGAAAGCUCCAAGGGCCAAUUACAUUUUUUGUGGUAGAUCCCCAUCCAGCAUCUCCUAACUCUCACCGAGCAAUCAGGGACAGCUACCCAUUGCUGGCAUACUCUGAACAUCUUGCUAGAGCCAUCAGCAGGCCUCCUUUGUAGCAUUUCGCCAGCUUCCUAAUUUGCGCAGACUGUUGGUGAGAGCUGUGCUUAAGCCACCUAUCACCAAUCCUGGGUCUCAUCCUUGUCACUCCAAAUGCUGCAUCACCUGUGUGUACCUCGGGGAGACAGCUACUUUUACAAGCACUAGGAGAGGCAGGACCUAUGACAUCAAACAGAACAUCGCCUGCAGGUCCUGCAAUAUAAUUUAUGUCAUCGAAUGCAAAAGACCAGGAUGUAGUACCCAAUACGUAGGUAAAACCACAACUGAGCGAUGCACACGCUUCAGAAACCACAAAUCGGCAAUCUUAAAAAAAGUGGAGCAACCAGUUACAAAACAUUUCAACACUGAGGGUCACAGCCUGUUGGACUUUUCUAUAACAGCGAUAGAGAUGCCAACAGAUCCAGCAGCAUUGACUAAAAGGGAGAACUUUUGGAUAUACUCUCUGGACACAUUGCCACCACAUUGCCUGAACCUGGAGGAGAGUCCCAGCAUCCCUUUGCUUCUGCAAAGAAAGCCCCUCCGAGCAAUCCAUCCUCGGAACUCUAUAACUGCCACCUUGGUAACAGCACUGGUAUAUUAUCAUAGAAUAGUAGAGUUGGAAGGGGCCUAUAAGGCCAUCAAGUCCAACCCCCUGCUGAUUAAGGCGGAAGUCAAAAUGUUUUGCUAGUGAAAUAAGAACCACACCUCGGCAAGUAGUAAGCAGGAGUCAGGUGACUCAAGCGGAACCAAUAGGACAUUACCCGGGCUUAUAAAAGUGCAGAAUCUGGCUCGCCUUCCCAGUCCAGAUAGCUCAGGUACAGGCUGCCCACUUCUCCCUCUCCCACUGGUAGCCGCCUACCCAGCUUACCUAGCAAGGCCUCGAUACACUUCACGUGGUUGCCCCGCACAGCAUAAAGGAGCGGAGUCCCACCAUUCUGCGGAGGAGAAGCAUUAGUGGCAAGGAGACAAGAAGGGGGGGCCGGAGGGAGGACUGCCCCUCUUAAAAAAGGCUGUGCCACUCAGUCGCUUGGCUUUAAGGGCCAUAGCUCAGUGGUUAGAGUACUUGCUAGGAAAGGUCUCCAGUCUGAAACCCUGGCGUUUUCAACAUCUGCUGAAAGACUUUUUCUUUUAAGCUUUGAGAAGCCUACCCAAGAGACUUUUUUAAAAAAAAAAAAUGGUUGAUUUUUAUCUAUGUAUGUAUCUUUUUAUUACAUCUACUUGUUUUUAUUGCUAAUCUUUAAUGAAGAUUUUAUACUAUUUUCUGUAAACCUUUUGAGUUAAUUUUUUUAUUAAACAUAGAAUCGUAGAGUUGGAAGGGGUCUCUAAGGCCAUCUAGUCCAACCCCCUGCUCAACACAGCAGUCCAACUUUAAGCAUCCCCGACAGGUGCCUGUCCAGCUGCCUCUUGAAGGCCUCCAGGGUUGGAGAGCCCACCACUUCCCUAGCUUGUUGGUUUCAUUGUCGUACCGCUCUAAGUUAGGAAGCUUUUCCUGAUGUUCAGCUGAAAUCUUACUAAAUGGUAUAUAAAUAGUUGCUAAAUAAAAGGGUUGUAUUCAAUAUGAAUCCUACUCUGAAUAGACCCAUUGAAAUUAACAAACAUGACUACCUUGGGUGGUACUCAGUGUAGGCCCAUUGAAGGUAACAGACAUGACUAACUCAGGUUCAUUAAUUUCAAUGGGUCUACUCUGCAUAAGACUUAGUGGACUGCAACGCCUUUAAGCUCACUGGGAUUGUAUCCCAGCACGCCAUUCUGCUCAUGCAAAACCAAACUCCUUCCUCUCCCUUGCAACCCCACCCACUGUACCCCUGCGUUGGAUACCAACCAUUGAUUUCAAUUGGCCUACUCUGAGUAGAACUUGGUUUGGUAUAACUAAAAAAUAGAUUAUAUUUUUUAAAAUGAGGUUGUAAUAAUAUUAACGAAUAUAUAUAAAUAGAUGAAAUGAUAUUUUUUUAAAAAAUUACAAAGGACCAAAUAACAGUUGGUUUGGAACUAUCAAACAAUAAUCAUUCAGUGGUCUGUUGACUGUAACAAACCCUGAAUUCUAAAAAAUAAACAGCUAGAUGCCAGGGAUUGAACCUGCAAAGCAACCACUCUGGCAAUGAGCAAUGGCCUCUUUCCCCUAAGGUUGUGACACCCCCCCCCCCCCGCAAGAAUAUAUCUCGUGAAUUUUUAGAUAUAUUUUAUCUGUCAUAUUCUUUUUUGUUUUGCAUAUGAUUUACUUUGUUUUCAUUUUAUGUACAUUGUUUAGGGAUUUAUUGCUGAAUUAUGUUACUGAAAAUGUGGAUUAUUG